AUGGACGCCGAAUCGUCGGAAAGUUUCCCGGGAAAUAGUGAGAAGUCGGUAGAUCGUUCUCGUAGUGAUCCACAAGUUGUGGGUUUUUCAAACGCAAGUUCAGUUAAAACUGACACGGUUACAAAUGGUGAAAAAGUCAUGGAACAGAAGCAAAAAGGAGGAUUUGCCCAAAUUUUGAACAGCGAACACGGCGAUAGUCUUCAUGCCAUUUCUGAGGCUUCUUCGGAACAAAGGACUGAGGGAUCUGCAGAAAAUGUACGUGAUGAAGAGACAAGUAAGGAUGCUGCUGAAGAUCAAAGAAUUGAGCUGAAAGAAGGAUCAAGCGAAAACACUAGUGAAGUACUCGAAUCGGAAAAACAUGACAGCGUUGCAGCUUCAGCUGGUUCAUCUCCUCCACCAAGCAGCGCUGCUCCAGAUGAAUUGCACAUGGAUACGGAUACGAAGAGUAAUUCGGAAGAAGAUGAUAAUAAGAGGUCGAGUGAAAUCAAAAAUAACUCUGGUAAAGAUAUCGAUGAUUCUAAGACUGAUGAUGAUGAUGAUGAUGAUGAUAAAACAGAUACUGAGGAAGGAGAAGACGAAGCACAGAAAAAAGAAAAGAUGGAUGACGCAGAUGCUUCAGACAAAGGAGAAGAUAAGACAAUUGAUACCACUGAUAAAAGAGAGGAAAGUGGUGCUAAACGUGUUUUGCCAAAAUGGAUGGUGCAGGAUGCAGAUGCACCACCAAGUCCAAAAGAAGAGACAGAUGAAAAAGAGAUAACCUUAGCUGUCACUGAAAACGAACCAGCUAGCGGUGCUCGAGGACGAGGACGUGGUAGGAGAGGGCGUGACACGACGAGAGCUGUAGCUAAACCUCAUAAUGAGGCUGCUACCGAACAACCGCAACCAGAAUCAUUGGCAUCUGGUCGCCCUCGUCGUUCGACACGUUCAAACGUAGAUUAUGCUCAUCCAGAUGUAGCAACUGUAGUUGCUGAGCAGGAAGACUUGGAAAAUGAGUUUCAGCUUCAACAAAAAGUUAAUCGUAAUCGUGGAAGGGGCCGUGGUCGUGGUCGAGGUGGACGUUCCAGUGGUCGUAAACGAGCUGUAGCUGAUAGCGAUGAUGGUGAAGAUAGUGAUUCUGAAUAUGGUAGCAACAAAAAACGGAAACGAGCUGGAAGUAGUGGUUCACGGGGCCGAGGACGAGGUAGAGGUCGUGGAAGACCAUCUCGAAGUUUGGGAAAAAAGAACAAAGAUGAGAGCGAUGAUGACGAUGAGGAAAUGGAUUUGUCGGACAAUGAUGCCGGUGGUUCAACUGGUUCUGGUGAGGAAUCCUAUAAGCCUGCUCCUUCGAAGCGACGCGCUGCUGCUUAUGCUGCCGAAGCUCACUCACCUAAAACGCCACCUAAAAAACGUGGUCGUGCUCCAGCAGCUAAAACGCAUUAA